UAUUUCUGCAAAGUGAAGGUCAGAAUUCUUAUCCUUCAGCAAGUAGAAGAAGAAGACGACGACAACGACGCUAGCAGCAUUGAAGAAUGGCGUCGAUGGCACCCGCUCUCUGUGGCCCUGUCUUGAACACUUCCUUCCUCAGGAAGCAACCACUGAACAUGGCAAGCAUGAAGCCUUUCCAAAACGCUAACGCCGUUUUCGGUGUGGAAGGAGGACGUGGAGGUCGUGUGACUGCCAUGGCCGCUUACAAGGUGAAGCUGAUCACCCCAGAGGGAGAACAGGAGUUCGAAUGCCCAGAUGAUGAAUACAUUCUUGAUGUUGCAGAGGGCCUAGGCCUUGACCUUCCCUACUCAUGCAGGGCUGGUUCUUGNUCUUCCUGUGCUGGCAAAGUUGUCGCCGGCAAAGUCGACCAGUCGGACGGUAACUACCUUGAUGACGACCAAAUUGGUGAAGGCUGGGUUCUCACCUGCGUUGCUUACCCAACCUCUGAUCUUGUUAUCGAGACCCACAAGGAGGAAGACCUCGUUGCUUAAAUCUUAUCAUCAUCGCUGCCUCUACUUUAUUAAGUUUCUUCCUUUCCCAGCCCCAUUGUCUUUUUCCCUUUAUUCUGUGCCAUUUUGUCAGGAUAUAUACGUAUGUUAUGUUUGUUUAUGAACAACUUGUUUUGCACUAAUUCGUUAAUUACUUCACCUGUACGUUGUAGCAGCUCAAGUUCAUUGCUGUCUUACUGUUGUUGCCCACUUGAUUGAAUGACAACUCAAUUUUUUUGGUAGA